UCAUACGUGGCUCUUGGAGGAAGAGGGGAAAAAAAAAAAAAAGCUCUGCUCACUGAAGGCAGCUCCAGCCGCACCAUUCCUGUCGUGGGCUGCCGGUUGGGGAUCCUUUCAGUGUGCGGCGCAAGGCAGCCUCCGUUAAGCUGGCCUGGAUGGCAGGGACACUCUGGUGCAAAGACUGCUUAAAUCAUAAGGAUUUCCGGUUACAUGUGUUCUUUGGCCCACAGGACGGAUGAAAGCUGAAGGCUGUCAGAGGCCCAUCUGGGCUGUAUCUGCUCUUUUUAUCAUCGUCACCCUGCUGAUGCUGACCUCCGAGGUGGUAUUAGGCCAGAAGAUGACUCAAACAGCCAUGGCACAUGCUACAGCCACGGCUGCAAGACCAGCCCCUAAAUUGACUGAUGACCUCCAAGGCCUCCAGGCGAUAGCAGACUUCCUAGCUAGUGAGCAUGGUCAUGUUUGGCUCUUAUCCCUUGCGGGUUCAGUGGUUGUAGGCCUCAGUGGGAUUUUCCCCCUGCUCAUCAUUCCAAUUGAAGCUGGAGCAGCCCUUAAAACUGAAGCUGGACGCCAGAAGCUAAAAAGGCUUUUGAGCUUCGCUAUCGGUGGUCUUCUUGGUGAUGUAUUUCUUCACCUUCUCCCUGAAGCAUGGGCGGAAUCUGAUUCUUCAGCCAGCAAAGAAAAACACUACAUGACACAAGGCUUGUGGGUAAUCACUGGGCUACUUGCAUUCCUUCUCCUAGAGAAGAUAUUCUCAGACCAAGAUGGACACGAAGAUUCACCAUCACAUUCAGACCUAAAUUUUAACUGUACGUCAAGUUCACUUUGCAGUGGAAAGGCUGUUGUGUUACAUGGAAAUGGGCCCCAGACUGAGUCACAGAAAUCCUCUACGCAUCGGAGUCUGCAGGGAACAGUCAAGACAAGGGGCUACCUCAACCUACUGGCCAAUUGCAUUGACAACUUUACACAUGGACUGGCUGUUGCAGGGAGCUUUCUUGUCAGCAAAAAGGUUGGGUUUCUUACCACUUUUGCCAUCUUGCUCCAUGAAAUCCCACAUGAGGUGGGUGACUUUGCCAUAUUGCUGCGAGCCGGGUUCGACCGGUGGAGUGCUGCUCGUCUGCAGCUGUCCACUGCAUUGGUUGGUGUCCUGGGGGCUUGCUUUGCUUUGUGUGCUCAGUCACCAAAAGGCACAGAAAAUGCAACUUCCUGGAUACUUCCAUUCACCUCUGGAGGCUUUCUGUACAUUGCCUUGGUGAAUGUAGUUCCUGACCUGCUCGAGGAAUCCAGUUUGAGGCACUCCAUACUUCAGACCCUACUCAUUUUCUGUGGUGUGGCAGUCAUGGCUCUCCUGUCAACUAUUGCUUUAUGAACAUUGAAAGCGGCUUUUCUUGCUAUAGUACCAAACAGAGACCUUCAUGAAUUCUUACAAUCCAUCUUGAUAGCCAGAUUAACCCCUCUGGAUAUUGUCAUGCGUCAUGGUAUACUGAAACAAAUGUCGAACAAAAAUUGCACUUUAUGAAUCAAUGACGAACUCACUCUUGAGAUGGGACAUUUUUAUUUGACAAUUUUGGACAAUGUGCCAGCUCUAAUUACCAAGGGAAAGUUGAUUUGUAUGGAUUUCUGUUACCAAGUUGUCAUCAAAUAUACAUAUAUCAGACAAUCCUCUUUUGCACAUAAAAUGUUGGUACAGUCCAAUUCAGUAGAGUCCGCCUUGUUUAAAUUGUAUUUAACCCAAGAACAUCUCUUUACAUGCCAACAAACUCUCAUAAUAUUAAGAUUGUAAUUGCACCUAUUGAGCAUGAUUUAUCAGUCUUCUAAAAAGGCUAUUGAUGAACUAUAGAGGAUUUUUUAUAGUGUUUUUUUUUUUUUUUUCUUGAAGGCACGGCGGUCAAAUGGUUAGCACAUCCGCCUCCCAGUUCUGAGACUGGGAGUUCAAAUACAAGCUCCUGCCUUCCUGUGUGGAGGUUGCAUGUUCCACCCGUGCUUGCAUGGGUUUUCUCCGGGUACUUUAGCCUCUUUCCACAUUCCAAAAACCAUGCGUGUUAGGUUCACUGAAGACACUAAAUUGGUGUGAAUGUGAGUGUGAAUUCUUCUUUGUUAAAACGUGUCCUGUAAAAAUGUGUAAAAAAUGGAUGAAUGCAGGAUUUCAUGCUUCACCCAACUCCCCUGACCCAUCAUUUGUUCUUGGAGGUGAUAAUUUGUAAAUCUUUAUAAAGAUAAUUUGCUGUUUAUUUACAACAUAAUGCUAUGUUGAAAAAAUACCACUCUGGCAUUAACUGCUUGGAGACAGUUAUGAUAUGCACCCACCUACACUAUGUAUGAAGCUGAGUUGCAGUGUGGCUCACAAGGUGAAGAACCUGAUACCUAGAUUCACUCUGGUUUGCUGUGGAAAUUAUUGUCCAGCAUAUGUCAAUGCUACUAAGAGCCUAUGUUUAAAGUGUCAUAUGGAAAUUAAGGGAGGAGACAUUGAGAUGGUGUGUUCACUCUGGUCCCUUUUGUACGGCAUGUUUGGCAAGCAUGUGUUGCCAUAACAACUCGACUGCAGGUUGUGAGGUGCCUAUUGUCUGUGGAAGGCUUUUCAGUCACGGUACACAAGGAAAACAAACACUCAACAUGAGAGAUUAUGGUGCCAAAUGAGCAUGAAAAAUAAUAGCAGUGAUAAGCAAUGACGAGUUGCUUUGUUCCCAUCAUGCACUAAUGUAUUUUCUCAACAAUUGAUGUAGGAAUGUUUUGUUACUACCUUAUCUGUAUUACAACAUGAUUGUCCCAAACCAUUGUUUAGCAUUUGUCUUAACUGGUAAUUAUUAAAACAAUUGUGUAAAGUUGUAGACGCUUGUUAUAAUUUUGCUAUCAAGCGAUGUGAAAACAACAUAUUUUUCCCCCUUCAAAUGCCUUUGUCUCAGCUGAAAAGUUUUCAGUUGUACAUUAAUGACCAUAUUCUAUUUAGGUGUUUUCUAUGACUGGUCAAAUUAAAGUUAGAUCCAUACUGUAAGUGUCUGGGAAAUGACCCCCCCACCCCAAAGGUCCCAUGCCAUCAAAAGCCAAUGUUUUUCAAUGCGUCUGUGACCUGGUUAAAGUUUGACACAGGGGCGGAGCCAAAGAAUAUUCGGUGGUGUGGCCCGGAUUGAGACCAGGGGUAAUUUGGUGGUGGCACAUCAUGCUUAGCGUGCAUAAAGUUGUCAACUAUAAAAUAAGGGAAUAAUUAAGGCACGCUACAUUGAUUAAAAUUCAGACAAUACUGGAAUUAUCAAUACACAUUCAAUGUAUCAGUUACUUGCAAUUAAGGAAACAAGCUUACUGAGUACAAGACUUCCAACCUUCUGUAUAGCAAGUACAGGUUUUAGGCUUUACACGCUCAGGAUUUUUGGAGCCGAUCAGCGAGUUUAAAAAUCCAAUAACCGAUCACAAGAUGGAGGAAUGUGUCUAUUUAAAUAACCUGUUCAUUUACUGUAUAUACUUGUGUACUUAAUUACAAUAAAUAAUGUAUCGUUGUUCCUCUAUGCCAAUGAGCCAUAGUGACAGACAGAAUAAAUGAAUGGUCUUCUAUUAGA